AUGUGCUCAACAUCGUACCACGAUGCGCUAGCACUGCGAUCUCUUCAACGCUACAGCUAGCUCUUAUUUCGCUCGCUCACAUGAAGCUCUAUUUCUUAUGGCAGGCAUAAAUACUUGCUCUUCCCUACUUCUGCUGCCUCUGCCCUACUCCUGUUCAUCCCUUUACUACUCGCUCAUGUUUCGAAAUACAUUGCCCACAGGUGGCCGGUGCACCUGUCAAAUAUGCCUAGUUCUGAGAGCCUUGACGGUACGGUAUACGGACCAGCCGUCGCCCGUCACUGUACCGUGGCUAUACGGCCGUAUACCGUAUACGGUACGGUGCGAAGCCCUAAUUACCAUUGAAACACUGUUGCCACCGAGUAUUAUCAGUACCUGAUAGGCUCACAAAGUGGCGGUGGCAGGAGAAGGUAUGUGUAUCUGGGAGUUAUCAGCGCACAUUUCUACCCGAAAGCCUACCUUUCCCAGUGGGAUGGUGGUUGAUCGGAUGCAAGAAAAA